AUGGAUGGGGAACCAGAGCUCCGGAAAAGCACAAUCGCGACGGAUCGCGUGUCGGCGAGGACAAUGAUGAGAUUUCCGAUCUACGUGGAGGGGGGGGAGGAGGGACAAGUCUUUGAUCUGUUUAUUUGCUAUUCCAUUUUUUACUCCCACUGCGCAAUUACCAUGUCUUUAGGCCGCACCUUUAAGCUGAACUCGGGCUACGAGAUCCCCGCCGUCGGUCUCGGUACCUGGCUCUCCAAGCCCCAUGAGGUCGAAAAUGCCGUCGAGACUGCCCUUCGCAAGGGCUAUCGUCACAUAGAUGCGGCAGCUUGCUACCAGAACGAGAACGAGGUCGGACAGGGCUGGAAGAAGUCGGGCGUGCCUCGCGAGCAGUUUUUCAUCACCAGCAAGCUGUGGAACACCCACCACCACCCCGAUCACAUCGAAGAAGCCCUCAACAAGACCCUCACAGACCUCCAGACCGAUUACUUGGAUCUCUACCUGAUCCACUGGCCCGUCGCUUUCGCCCACACCAACGAAACCCUCACCCCGACCGACCCGGUCACCAAACGUUUCCAAAUAGCCGACGUCCCGGUCUCCGACACUUGGGCCGUUCUGGAGAAAUUCGUCGAGGCGGGGAAGAUCCGGAGUAUCGGUAUUAGCAAUUUCACGAUCCAGGCGACCAAAGAUCUACUGAAGGCGGCCAAGAUUCCUCCGGCUGUGAACCAGAUCGAGGCUCAUCCUUACCUUCUCCAACCGGAGCUGUUCAAGUAUUUGAAGGAUAACUUGACCCUGACCCACCUUACUUCCGAGUUGUGCAUGGACCAGGACUAUACUAACUCGGAUCCGAUCAGUGUUGUCGACGACCCGACAGUCGUGGAAGUCGCCAAGAAGCUGAACAAGGACCCCGCGAUCUUGUUGAUCUCAUGGGCUAUCCAGCGGGGUUCCGCGGUUCUACCCAAGAGUGUGACUCCAUCCCGAAUUGAGAGUAACUUCCAAGACUUUGUGAUACCGGAUGCCGAGUUUGAGGCUCUGAACCAGCUUGACAAGAAUGAGCGAUACAACUAUCCCUUCCGCUGGGGUGUGGAUGUCUUUGAAGAAUUGGGGGCUGCUGAGGCUGAGAGGCGGGCUGAGGAGCAUGCAGCUAAGCUGAGGGAGAGUUCAUAG